AUCUUCCAGGAUUUGCUCCUCUUGAGCUUUUUAUCAGCUGCCAUGCGUCAGCGUGCAGCUGCGUGUCCUGCCGUCUGCAGCAGGAGCACGUCGGUUCCAUCCUCUCGUCUUCUUCAACGCUCCCGUGAAUAAGUUGCCACGGCUCAUGUUUUCUCUGCCGUCCGGAGCUGAAAGGCGCUCCCCCUUUGUUCCUCUCGUGUGCUCCUUUUGUAAAAACAGACCACACCUCUUCACAUAUGACACCAGCCAGUUCCUCAAUGACAUGUACUUCCUGGAGGUCAAAUAUUCUGACUGGAUUUGAAGGUAACGGCUUUCAAAGUGUGACGGGAGCAGAGAAAUAGACUCUUUUAUCAGAGAAUCUCUGCCACUCAAGAAUCACAAGUUGAAGAUGAUGCUGACAUGGAAAAUGUUGAUUUUCCUGUUCACUCUGACUGCUGUAGGAAUGUUCUUUAAGUUAGAUGUCAGUAAACGGCGGCUGCCUGGUAAUGAACCGUUACCGAACAAGACCGCACAGGCCCACAGGAUGCAGAAUAGAAACUCACCGGACAAAAAAUUGGAAGACCAAAAUCUUCAGGAGAAAAGUGUAGAGGCCAAAAACAUUUUUCCACAAGACCAAAAUGCACAGGACAAGAAAGUAGAGGGAAAGACCCCAUGUGGUUGUCAGAAAUGUUUUUCCAAAGAUGACAAGUUUCUCAUGAGUCGUUUCAAUCCUUCCAUUGAACCAUUUCUGUCUGCAAGCUCCAGCCUGUCUCUGGAUGUUUUCAUGUGGUGGAAGCACUUACAGUAUGAAAGAAGUGACUUUAAUUACUACAAAACAGCAGUGGCCAACCUGUUUGCGGUAUUCCCGCCGGUUCCGGACCUCGGAAAGCUCAGCCCGGGAAAAUGCCGGACUUGUGCUGUGGUUGGGAAUUCGUUGAAUUUGAGAGGAUCGGGCUACGGCUCCCUGAUAGACGGUCAUGAUAUCGUUAUAAGAAUGAACGGCGGUCCAACCACAGGCUAUGAGAAAGACGUCGGCACCAAAACGACCCAUCGAGUCUUGUAUCCGGAGAGCGCCGUAGAUUUAGAUAAUUCUACUCAUCUCGUACUUUUUGCUUUUAAAGUACAAGAUCUGGAGUGGACCCCCAAGGCCUUGACGACGGGAUUUUACACAACGUCAUAUAGGAAAGUAAAACCCAAAAUAAAUGCCAACAAAGAUUUGGUGAUGGUGGUCAGCCCUGCUUUUAUGAAGUAUGUCCACAACAUCUGGUUGAGAGGGAGGGGAAAGUAUCCGUCCACCGGCUUCAUGACCUUGAUCCUUUCUCUUCACAUAUGUGACGAGGUUCACGUGUUCGGAUUUGGAGCCGACAGCAACGGAAACUGGAGUCACUACUUUGAAGUUUUAAAGAAAGAAAACUACAGAACUGGUCCCCAUUCUGGAGCCAUCGAAUACGCCGUCCUGAAACGGCUGGCCAGCGAAAAGACAGUCACGCUUUAUAAAGGGUCGUGACCCAACAGGAAGUUCCCCGAUUCUGAAUGAACAGUGCAAUUAAGAAUGUAGAGCGAGAAAAAAUUAUUUUUUGUCUUGAAAUUUUAGAAUUCUGUACCGCUGAUUACGAACGGCAAUUCUGAUAUUUAUUAAGGCGGAAACAAAUCCCACCUGCCUGACUUGAUAAACUUGCCAAAGUCUUUUUCAAAUUUAAAACCCAGCAACAUUUUCGAUCUAAUAAAGUAGAAUAGAGCAGAAAUCGUCUUUAUUAUCCCUCAGUGGGGAAAGUCGGGCGUAAAACCAGCAGCAGCACAAUGAACAAAUAAGAGCAUUUAGAUGAACGCAAUGGUAAAGAUAUAAAACAAAACGUAAGAAUAUAUAUAUAUCUUUUUAAAGUACAAAAUGUGUAUAUUUGUACAAACUAGUUUGUAUAUCCACAACAUAAAACAACACAUUGACCUUUUCCUCCCUCGCUGUCUGAAGUUAAAUUAUGCCAAAAUUUUCCUGUCUUAGGUUAGGUAGAAUAACCAGUAUUAUUUUUAUUUGCUAAAUGUUAAAAAAAAUAAAAUAAAAAAAGCUUGGCAGAAACAGUUUUUAGAGAUGUUGUUUUAACUUAUUAUUAUCAUUUUAAUGCGCUGUGUGAUAUGUGUCAUCUCCAGAUUGAAAUGACAUCAUACACUCUGGGCAAACAGCACAGGUAUCAUCCAGCUGCAGAAAUGGUUCAGGCUGCAGUAAAUAUAGUUCACUAAACCAAAGUUAAUGUUUGAAAUUGAUUGUAAAAUAAAAGGUCACUCUCACCUUCAUUUGCGACCACAGGGUGAUGUGAUGUGAUCACAAAGAGUAGAAUAGAAAUGCAGAAUGAUGGGUGAGUGGAUGGAAAUAAAUAGGCAAAUAAAUAGAUAAUUGAAAUAACAAAAUGAACCCAUUGUUGUUCCAAACAGUGUUUCCUUGUUGUAAUACCUUUUAGUAUAAUUAAACUGCAUAUAUAUAAAUCUGUGUUAUAGUACCAAUAUCCUAACCAAUCCGGUCCUUCAUUCUUCUUUUCUUCUUAAAUACAGUAGAAGACGGUCCUCUAUUACACCUCCUAUGAAUACUGAAUCCAUUUCUUUUCCCUUUCUAAAGCAAAACAACCGCUCUAAAGAAAAGCAGGACUUUGAAAGGAGGAAGCAAAGCAAAAGACAAUUCCUACAACAUCAGUUCUGUUAAACUUUACCUACUGCCAGUAUUGUUUUUCUUAGGUUAUUUUUUAUUGGAAAAAUUGAUGUGGGGAAUUGUUUCCUCACCACAUCUGGCAAUGGGCAGCAGGAGUUCAUAUAUAUAUAUAUAUAUAUAUAUAAGAUGGCAGGUGAGG